AUGGAUCAUCCUCUCGACAAGACGAGCCCCCAUACCCCCAUCACAAUGAAGUUUUCUAUCCUCGCCAUCGCCGCCUCGUCACUGGCCGUGGGCUCCAGCUCGCCUGUCCAGAAGCGCGAAAUGGGCGGUAUCCUCAUCUGUACCGGUGCCAAUGCCACGGGCGACUGCGUCUACAAAAAGUACGAGCUCGUCAAGUGCCAUCAACUCGAGCCGCCGUUCCUUGGCAACUCGAGCACUUUUGCACCCGACGGCGAAGACUUUGGCUGCUACCCGCGCGUCGUCGACUGCAACGGCAUGUGCACGUCACACACGGGCUGCACCUUUGGCUGGGUCGACUUCGAUUACGAGCACAAGUUCAACUUGUCGGCGAUUGAGUGGAACACGCUGAUCCGCUCCUUUGCUUGCAUUCCGAAGCACAAGCCGAAUUAG